UAAGUAAUUAUUCAGGGGGAAGAAAGAAAGAGACAAAGUUGUCGACCGUGCAGUGCACACGGGGAGGGAUUUUUUAUUUAUCUCCGGAGGCUCGGUUAGUAAAGGCACCGCUCCGCCGGGACAGCAAAGUAGCGGAGCACCGGGCUCUCACUCAGGAUUUCCGUCUGUAUUUUUAAACUUCUCCGCUACUAUUUCAAGCUGGAUCCGGUAUGUCUUUGAGAAUGGGAAUGAUAAAAACAGCGAACGGACGAACGGACUGAGGGAGAGUGUGUACGUUUGUGUUUCCUGUCGCCACAGACAAAAGUUGCUCGUUUUGUUUUAAAAUUCACCCCCCGGAGAUGAAUGGGGAAAGUCUUGUGAGUGAACUACAUGCAAGCAAACGGAUUUACUCUUUCUUUCUUGUCUACACUGGAGCCCACAUGAAGUGCUGAUGCCACAGCCUGCAUCCUGCUGAACUUCCCUGCUUUGUGUCCUUUCUUAAAAAAAGAAAAAAGAAAAAAAGGAAACUUCAAACGCGCACCACUUCACACUGGAUUACCACAUUAAAAAAAACUACUUUUACUGGAGAAGAGCUCAGACUGAGAGAGGAUGCAGAUGUGGAGCCACAUGAGGGUCCACAAAGGAGGCCCUCCGCGACCAUAGGUCACACUCAAGGGUCCUGGAUCCAUGUUUCCUCUCAUUUCCUGGCCUGGAAUUGAGGUGAACUGUUUGUCAUAAUCUAAUAAUCUAAUGGACUGUCUCACCACAUUUUACCUGUGCCUGUGGAUUCCCCACAUAAAGGCGAACCAGAUGACUCAGUGGACUUUAGUCAUGUAACCACCCUGAAAUGUCUAUUUGAAGUCUUAUUUAUAUGUUUUGUAUUUAUUGUGUGUGUAAAUAGAAGUGGUCCUACUUAUCUUUUCGCUUUGGGUUAUGUUGAUUAAGGCCAGUUUUUAUUUUAACUUCCUAUUUUACAAUUUGAAAGCUGACAUUUCGAAGCUUUGUUCUGCUGUACAUGUAACCACACUGUAUUUGACCACAUCAAUCUGUAACUUCAGACGUGAAGCUUCAAGGACUUGACUUUGCCCAGACAGGUAUUUAAAAAAACAACAACACACAAACACGACAAGGCUUCACCAUGGACAGGCCGAUAAGCAAGUUAUUGGGGAAGUUAAAGCUAACUGACUCUGGCAGUGUGAAAUUCAACAGUUCCAAGAAAAAACAAGACUCUGCCAGCAACGCAAAUAACAGCAAUGCCAAUGCUGGCGUUUCUGGAGGCGGCAGUGGUGGGGGUAGCGGUCUGCCACCAGCUCCCUCAGCCUCGCCCUCCAGACCUGGCCAGUUCUCGCUUGCCCCUGUAACCACAAGUGAGGCAUGUGUGCCAGCGAGUGGGAGAGGAGGAGGAGGAGGAGGAGGAGGCGGCAUGGGAAUGCCACCCUCUCAGCUCCUCACCACACCACAGACUUCCUCCACAGUGGGCGCCAUACCCUCAGACAGUGAGCAGCCACUUCACCCCUCCACCUUGGCACCACUGAGGCGUCGCUCCCCCCAACAGCGAGCUUCAUGUUACCUGGGGGAAGGUGUGGAUUCCCACAUGCGGCGUGAAUCAGGUCUGGGCCCCGAGUGUGACCCACUUGGCUCCAAGACGUCCCUCAACCAACGGCGCUACUCUCUGGAGCUCCAGCAGCUGGUCAGACGGCAACAGCUCCUAUCCCAGCCACCACCUCUCUCCGUCCCUCCACCGUACCCCACCACCACAGGCUAUGGUUCAAACCCAAGGGGUCUGGCUGAGCAAGGCUACCUCCCAGAGCCUGAGAGGCACAAGCGCCUCUCUCUUCAGGAGGCUCUGUUCUACAAACGCCGGAGCACAGGUAGUGAACUGUGGGAGAGCACCAGGCCUGCAUCACUCUCUCACCCACCACAUCGUCCAUCUGACAUGAUGGGAGGAGGCUUAGGAGGAAGCUUCUUUUACCCGCCAGGCCCGACCGUGAGCCCAUGCUCGUCGUUCAGCCUCCAGGAGUCGGUGCUGGUCAGUCCCAGGUCCAGCUUUGCCUCCAGCACGGCUAGUGGUGGAGGAGGCGGGAGCCCCAUGGGGAGCCGCUGUAGCAGCAACCGCACCAGUGGCAUCAGCCUGGGCUAUGACUCCCGCUACUCUGCCUCUGGAGGCCUCCCUCCGCAGCAGCAGUCCCCCUGCAUUCAGACAGGUGGCUCAGUGGCUGGUUAUGGUGCUCCAGGAAGAUCUGGAGUGACCCCAGUGGAGGCCUGGGCUCAGUACCUAGAGGAAGGCCUGCGUCCAGGGGCCAAUGAUAGUCGACACUCCUACCCUCCAGCUCUUGGUAGUCCAGGAGCAGUGUGCUACCAGGGCAGCCCAGAAUGGUGGGAUGAACAGCAGGUGGGAGUAAGGGGCAAAGAUGGGGGUGUAAUGGGAGAGAGGGCCCGUUACUCAGACCUGCCAGGCACCCGGUACCAGGAAGAGCUCACCCGGCUUCUUCUGAGAGAUGCAGCACUUGAAGGUGAAAGGCUGAUGGCUCCUGGCCUGAUGCUGAAAGAGCAGGCUCUAACCUCAACUGUUCUUUCCAAACCGAGCGCAGCAACCGUGGGUCCUUCCUCGGCCGGGGGACCGCUGAAACCUCAGGAAGACCCAGGAGUCGGAGCUGGAAGAGAGGGUGUGGAGAACCGCCAGGAAUACUUUGGAACCUGCGUGAAGUGUGGGAAAGGCGUGUACGGGGCAGACAAUGCCUGCCAGGCUCUGGACAGCCUCUAUCACACGCGCUGCUUCACCUGUGUGUCCUGUGCACGCACCCUGAGAAACAAGGACUUCUACAAUGUCAGUGGCUCUGUGUACUGUAAAGAGGAUUACAUGUUUUCGGGAUUCCAGGCAGCUGCAGAGAAGUGUAGCGUGUGUGGCCACCUUAUUCUCGAACAGAUCCUGCAGGCUCUCGGAAACUCGUACCACCCCGGCUGUUUCCGCUGCGUGGUGUGCUCCAAGGCUCUGGACGGAGUUCCUUUCACCGUGGACCAGCACAGCAACAUCUACUGUGUCGCAGACUACAACAAGACUUUUGCCCCCAAGUGUGCUGCCUGUUUACAACCUAUCUUACCUACCGAGGGCAGCGAGGAGAUCCUCAGGGUCGUGUCUAUGAACAAGGACUAUCACUUCGAGUGCUACCAGUGCGAGGAGUGUGGUAAGCAGCUCUCCGAUAAGCCCGGUUCGCAGUGUUUCCCCCUGGACUCUCAUCUCCUCUGCCACUCCUGUCACCUGAGCAGAGUGUGCACCACACACAACAUUCCCCCUCACAACAACACUCACUGAUCAGUACCUAUGCAGCCGUGUAUGCUUGAAAAAAAAAAAAGAAAGAAAAAAAAGCUGGUCCUAACAUUUCUUUGCUCAGUCAUUUUCAAGAAGAAACUGCUGAUAUUAAGAUAUUUCCACUGAUUCACUUUGAUCAGGUCCUUUGUGUCACAUGACCUGCCUGCUGUACUUCUUGUACUAUUACUGUAACAUAGUUUAAAGGGAACGGGAACAAAACUACUGCUUUUCUUUUUUACCCUAAUGUGGCUACUGUUUGCUGUAGAAGAACAAGGGAUUUUGCUAAACUGUUUUUGCUAAAACAUUUUGCACUUAAAUUUGACUUUACUGUAAGAUUUGUUACGUGAAUCUGUACAAUUUGGGGAAAACCAAUUUACUGCAAUUUGUAUGUUGUAAUAAAUAUUUUCAAUUGUG